AUGUUAGAAAUUCUUGAUACGGCUGGCACGGAACAAUUCACUGCAAUGCGUGAUUUAUACAUGAAGAAUGGUCAAGGUUUCGUUUUGUGCUAUUCAGUCACAUCCCAAUCCAGUUUCAAUGAUCUGAUAGAUUUGCAUCAACAAAUUCAACGUGUUAAAGAUGUUCCCAAUGUUCCUCUUAUACUUGUAGGAAAUAAAUGUGAUUUAGAGGAAGAGAGGGUAGUUGGUCGUGACCAAGGUCAGCUGUUAAGUAGGAGGUUAAAUUGUACAUUUAUGGAAGCAAGUGCCAAAGCCAAAAUCAAUGUUAAUGAGAUUUUUAUCGAUCUUGUUAAACAAAUUAACAAACAAUUGCCACCGGUAAAACAGAAGACAUCGAAACGAAAAUGUCUAAUCCUAUAA